GACGACAUCGCAACCAUUAAUAGGUGUGGCAAAUUCAGUCUCCAUUAUACUAUGCCGUAGAUCGGCCACGACUUACGUUUCUGCCUGGACCUUGCACGACCUGCGGGGAGCGAUCCGUCCGUGCUCAAGCUCCCCCACUCUCCGCUCCCGCAUAGAUAAACACCACCACAUCUCAAACCUAUCCCACAAGAAAGAGCAAGGGCAAAAAGACUUUACCAAGAACAAUAGCCGCAUCAACCACAAUGGAAGCCUUCGAAGACGACGGCUUCAUCCUCAUCAACAACCCAUCGAGCACGCCCAGCUCGGACGCCACUGACCAUCUCGCCGCCAUCAGCGCGUACGUCGACGGCCUGGCCGACGCCCUCUGGCCCAUCAACGUCAAGAUCCACGAUCACCCGGAACUGGGCUUCAAGGAGAAGAUCGCGCAUGCUGCGCUGACAGCGUUCCUGGAGACGCAAGAUGGCUGGCAGGUGCAGCGCUCGGCGUAUGGGCUAGAGACAGCUUUUGUAGCUGUGUUUGAGGGGAAAGGGAAAGGGAAGGGACCAGUGGUGUCGUUCAAUGCGGAGAUGGAUGCGCUGCCUGAGAUUGGCCAUGCUUGCGGGCAUAACUUGAUUGCGAUAGCGUCGUUGGCGGGGGCUUUGGCUGCGGCGAGGGUGAUGGAAGAGGAGGACCUGCCGGGAAAGGUUGUGCUGUUUGGGACGCCGGCUGAAGAAGGUGGCGGCGGCAAGAUCAAACUCAUCGAAGCUGGCGCCUAUCGCGACCACAAAGUCGGCAUCAACCUGAUCUCCCAUCCCGGAACCGCCCCCGAUACGGCAUUGAUGCACACGGCCGCAUACACACGCUUCAAAGUCGAGUACUUCGGGCGCGAAACGCACGCAGCCGCAAGCCCUUGGCUCGGAAUAAACGCCUUAGACGCACUCAUCACCGCCUACAACGCGCUCUCAGUCUUACGGCAGCAAACCCAACCCGGCGACAUAAUCCAAGGACACAUCACCUCCGGCGGCCUAGCACCAAACAUCAUCCACGCCUACGCGGCCGGCGUCUUCGUCGUGCGCGCAAACACCUCCACGCGGCUCGCAGAGCUCAAACGCAAAGUAGACGCGUGCUUCGCGGGCGCGGCCACCGCCACCGGCGCAGCCCUUAAAACGACGCCCGAAGGCGCGUACAAAGACCACGUCCCCAACCGCACGCUGGGCCGCUGCUACCGACAGCAUUUCAACCGGCUGGGUGGCGCAAUUCCCGACCCCGAGGUUGACGAGGUCAGAGGCCGCACCAUGGCGAGUACGGACCAGGGCGACGUGAGCUAUGUGCUUCCGAGCUUGAGUCCGGGGUUUUGGAUCAGGCCCGGGGUGAGUGGGAAUGGGCCGCAUAGUCCCGAGUUUGAGAAGGCGAGUGGCACGAGGGAGGCUUUUGAUUUAGCUUUGAGAGUUGGGAAGGGAUUGGCGGCUACGGCGGUGGAUGUGCUUACAAAGGAAGGGCUAGUGGGUGAGGUGCGAAAGGAGUGGGAGCGGGAGGUUAAGGGAAAGGAGUAG